AUGAAGACGUACGCCACCCUCGCUGCUUCCGCGCUCAUCGUGGCCGCCACCAUGAACUCGGCCACGGCCAUGAAGUCGUACCUCGAGGACCUCCCAAACGGCAGCCUGUUCACGCAGGAGCUGGGCCACCCGGGCAUGGACAGCUCCAAGUUCACCGAGUUCGCGACGGCGUUCGGCGCCGUGGACCACACGUGGUCGGCUGACUUCUGCGGUAAGACGUUCCCCGGUGCGUCCAUGACGAACGGUGAGGCCUUCGGCGACCCGUGCUGCACGUGGACGAAGGGCGGCAAGCCCGACUUCACGGUGUCGCCUUUCACGACGAAGCCUACCAAGGCCACGACGUGCGCUUCCGGCGGCAAGACGGGUGCCGGAGGUUCUGCCGCUGCUCCUUCGGCCGCUGGUUCUAGCGCGGAGACGCCUUCGACCGGUUCUAGCGCUGAGACUCCUUCGACUGGAUUAAGCGCAGAGACCCCUUCGACUGAGCAGGGAUCGGGUGCCGAGACCCCCUCGACUGAGGAGAGCUCGGGUGCUGAGACGCCAUCGACUGAACAGGGAUCAGGGGCCGAGACGCCUUCCACCGAGGAGAGCUCUGGAGCGGAGAUGCCCUCAACGGAGCAGGGAUCUGGUGCUGAGACGCCUUCUACUGAGCAGGGCUCCGGUGCCGAAACCCCUUCCGCUGAGACCCCGUCGACUGGCGGUGGUGGCUGGACCCCGCCUGCUACGGGCGGUGGCUGCGCUGCCAAGGGCGCCCGCAAGUUCCGCCACUAA